AGUCCUAACCCGCGGAUCUACAGCACUAGCUGGUCUCCGCUGCACUUCUUCACUUCUCGAGUUUUGACGCUUUUUAUGGGGGGUUACGGCUCGGUACUGGUGUGACCGUGUCUCACGUGACGGCGGUGUCACUUGGAUCCCAAGCACAAAACGUCGGGGGCGACAGGGAGCGGAUGACGUCCAAUCAUGAGACGUACCUGCUCAUGGCCAGCACGCAGAAUGACAUGGAGGACUGGGUUAAGACCAUCCGCAGGGUCAUAUGGGCCCCGUUCGGAGGAGGUAUUUUUGGUCAAAAGCUGGAGGAAACGGUGCGGUACGAGAGGCGGUAUGGGAAUAAGUUGGCACCCAUGCUGGUGGAGCAGUGUGUGGAUUUUAUCCGACGCUGGGGGCUGCAGGAGGAAGGUCUGUUCCGUCUCCCCGGGCAGGCCAACCUCGUCAAAGAGCUGCAGGACGCCUUCGACUGCGGAGAGAAACCUGCUUUCGACGGUAAUACAGACGUGCACACGGUGGCAUCUCUGCUGAAGCUCUACCUGAGGGAGCUUCCUGAGCCAGUGAUCCCUUUCUGCAAGUACGAUGAGUUCCUGGCCUGCACCAAGCUGUUCAGCAAGGACCAGGAAGCAGGAAUGAAGGAAUUAAGGAGGCAAGUGGAAAGUUUACCUCUAGUCAACUACAAUCUACUAAAAUACAUAUGCAGGUUCUUAGAUGAAGUGCAGUCGCACUCAGGAGUGAACAAGAUGACCGUGCAGAACCUCGCUACUGUCUUUGGUCCAAAUAUUCUGAGGCCCAAAGUGGAGGAUCCAGUAGCGAUAAUGGAAGGUGCAGUCCUGGUGCAGCAGCUCAUGGCUGCACUCAUCGGACACCACUCCUCGCUUUUCCCCCCGGACGAAGACAGUCCUGGUGCUCUUGAGAUGUGCAACAACAACAACGAUCCCCUGAAACGUUCCACCACAGGACAAUUGCAAAAUAAAGAGAAUAACAACACAUCUAGCGUGUGUCAGUGCACCUGGGAGGCACCUGAGUCUCCUGGACGGGUUUCUCUAGAUAACGGCUCACCUCGUUCGGGCAGCCCAAGAAAUGUUCCUACUGUGCCACGCUUCGAAGUCACCCGAAGCCCUCCUCUGACCAUAAAGAAGAACCCUGCGUUCAUCAAAGGCAGUGGAAUCGUCACUAACGGCUCCUUCAGCUCGUCCUCGUCGUCCUCUGCGGAGGAAAAGAGUCCGACCCUGGUGGGGACCGGUGCGCUACAGAUGCGUCGCACCGGCGCGCUCAGAACCCCGGGUACCAAGAUGGGCGUGCAGAAUGGUGGAGUGAGGAUGGGUGUGUGCAGCACGGACAUUGUUAACGGGACCCUCAAUAGCCGAAACGGACUUUGGUCUCCACCUGGAGGUGUGACGUUGCGGGAAGUCAAAGGGCGUGACGCAGAGCAGCAACAGAACCGCCUUUCGACAUAUGACAACGUUCACAUUCAGCAGACUCAGUGCCAACUGGGUCAGCCUUACAUGGGCAACACCUGCGAGGACAAGCAGAGUGUGGAUAGCGCCACCUGGUCCACAUCAUCCUGCGAGAUCUCGCUGCCAGACGUCUCUGUAUCCUGUCGUUCUUCCACUACUACUUGCCCAGAGCAGGAAUUUACAUUUGAGGACCCUUUGCUGGAUGAGGGAGAAAGAAGGAAUGCUAAUGCUAACACCAACUCCAAUGGCGGUGGUCGAAGCAGCAGGGGGACAAGUAGCAGUGAAAACAGUGAGGUGGCAUUUCCUGCGAGUGGACACAGUGCCCUCCACAGUCUGGUGGCUAGUCUGAAGCAGGAGAUGCUCAAACAGAAGAGUGACUAUGAUGCCAGGGUAAAGAGUCUGGAGCUGCGUAACAUCGAGCUGGAAGCUGAGAUGCUGAACCUUCAUGAGGAGCUGGAGCAGGAGCGCAAGAAGUACACCAUGGUAGAGAUCAAACUGCGUAAUGCAGAGCGUGCCAAAGACGACGCCGAGAAGCGCAACGAGAUGCUGCAGAAGGAGAUGGAGCAGUUCUUCUCCACCUUUGGAGAUCUGACCACUGAUCCUCGCAAGCCAGAAAGAGCCAACACCAUCUGGAUCCAAUGAGCACGACUGUACCCAGAACCAUAUAUCUGGACUUGGAAAUCCGGAAAUGUUGUAGGCUUCAAAUGUGACCAAACUGUCAGUACAGGAAGCCCACUGAGCCAAAAAUGUGAACACUGGACCAGCCGUGAUAAGACGGCGAGAUAAGAUUGUAACAGUAGGAGAACAGGUGAGGGAGCUGGAACUUACUAUUUGGAACUAAGAAGGGAGUCAGAGGUUCUUUGCAGGUGAUGUUUGAUCCCUGGAAAAAAAAUAACAGGGACAACUUGAGAAUGUUUCUUUACCCAAAGAAGGAAAUAAGAGAACUAUUGAAGAACGUGUUGCAUUGUGGGUUAGUGAGCUUUUUAAUAGACUAGAGCUUUACAUGAAGAAGAACCAAGAACAUCACAUCUUCAUCUGUGAUCCAACCAAAUCAUCAUGUCCUUGAUCUCAGUAUCCUUGUUCGGUGUCCUCGUGUACUCUGUGUACUGUAUAUAAAGCAAAGCAAUGCUGAAGAAUUUUGAAGCAAAACAGAUGUAUGUAUAAAAAGCCAACUGAAAUAUUUUAAUGUAUGUCUGAUAUUUAAAAUGAGGUUUAUUGACGUGUCACUUUUUUUUUUAUUUUUUUUUUUUUUAUAUAUAUAU